GAUUUCUGUCAUUGUGUUCGUGGCGGUGGAUUGUGUAUGCUGUGUAUUAUAUAAGUUUUGGAGAAAUUUUGACUGAAUAAAUAACUUGCGACAACAUCUCGCAGCGAUGAGGCUGUUUAUGGUUAUCGUAGCGACGACGUCGCUGUGCAUGUCUCCCACGGACGCUACCUCGUCUGAGGCUGUGAUGCCUCCCGUGCCUGCUGGGGUCGAGGACGGGCGAGGGGUCUUAGGGUUCCUGAACUACUGGAGGAGCUGCCUUAGGGAAUCCCGCGAGCUGGGGGCGCAGUCCCGAGCGCAGGAACCAGAAGAAAUAUACCUGGUGAUUACUCCCAGCACGCACCUGCUCUCUAAUUUAGCCCCUCAAGGCAGCCACAAACAUCCUCUCUAUAUGAACACCGUAGAGAGCAAGGCACUCAAGAGAGAUCUGGUGCUGGACUCUCUCUCUACACAUCGCUUGUCGCCUCAGCUGCUCAAGCCAAACUCGCAGCAAAUUAUAGAAAACUUGAACAAAAGAAGAAUUGUUUUAAAGACCGACGACCAAGGAGUGCUCACCGUGAACGGAGUGUCGGUGGAAGGGGUGGAUCGUUUGUUCAACGGAAUAUCCAUCGUUGUGUUGAAGGAUUUCCUAUUCGACCACCGCACUCGAAUCCAGCAAAUAAAAGCUACGACUCACAACUAAUAAAUAUAGAGUAAUAUAGACCA